AAGAGGCGGAGGGCCUCCGAGAGGAUCCCCGGGCAAUCGCGCUCGCCCGCAACCGCGAGGCGAGCUGCGUAAUUUUGAGGAAGGGUCGCGGAUAUAUUUGGUGUUGGCGAGCGAUCUCGUAUCGACGAGUGCGAGAUUGCUUUUCUUUUUCUUUUUGGACGAUACUCCCGCGUCCCUAUAAUGUGUGUGCCCCUUCGCCGCGAGUAGCCUCCGACCAGCAGGAGCAGCGAACGAGGGAAAGUGGACCGAGGUGGAAGGAGGGGAGGAAUCGAGGAGCCGCUGCGAGCACUAAGGGAUCUCUCAGGUCAUGUCGUUGGCCCGCCCCUAUUUUGUUUUCGAACAAUUGUGCCGUUAACAUCGCACUGCUGUCGAUGUAUUUUUGUAUAUUGUCGUAGCCAAGAAAAUAAACCGGGACACGACACCUGAUAACGAGGAACCUGGAUCACGCGGAAGAUGCUCGUCGAAAGAAAAGAAAAUAUAAAGCAACAUCUCGAUAUCGCGUGAUCCCGGAAGGAAAAAAAAGUUGAGCAGGGAAGGAGCAACCGGAGCAACGUCUCUCGGGAUCGGAGGAGAAAGACUUAGGGUGGAAUUACGAUGAACUUUACGUAACGGGACGCGACGGGACGUGAAGUGACGUGACGUGAAUUUGACGUUUGAGGUUAUAUUACGAUCACCGUAACGUGCCGUAAUAAUGAAUUCUGCUGUGAGGCAUUAUCAAUUUGUAAAUUUAAUUUUGGCCGGGUAUUUGUAUCUUCAACUGCAGAAGAGGAAACGAAUACGAACCAUUGGUGUGAGAGAUAUUUUUCGAAGAAGAAUUCAGUUUGGUGACAGGCAUAACCUAGUAGAAGAACUCCGUUUUUGUAAUCCACAUUUAUUUUUUAUUUACACAAGGAUGAAUGUCGAAAGAUUUGAAUACUUGUUGAGCUUGGUUGGUCCACUUUUAAAGAAACGAGAAAUGUAUACUGCUCUUUCACCCACUCAGAGGCUUGCUAUGACAUUGAGGUUCUUGACAGCAGGAGACAGUCAGAAUUCUCUGAGUUUUUCUUAUAGAUGUGGCCAGAGCAUGUCUCUAAGAUCUUGGCCGCAAUCAUUCGAACACUUGUUUGUGUAUUAAAAAAUAUGUUUGUGAAGCCUGCUUUAAAUAAUGCAGAGUGGCUUGAGUUAUCUGCUGAAUUUUGGAAAGAAUGGCAGUUUCCUCAUUGCGUGGGAGCUAUCGAUGGAAAGCACGUUCAAAUACAAGCCCCACAAGCUUCUCAAAGAGACGCAGCUUUCCCUCUAAAACCUUUUCUUAUGAAACCCUAUGCUGCUCGUUGGAGAAUUUUUCGUCGCCCUAUUAUUGCCAAAGAAGACAAUGUGGAAAGCAUCAUUGAAUGUGCCGUUUGCCUCCACAAUUUCAUCCGCAAGACAGGUGACAUAAAACUCAACUUGCAGUAUUGCCCUCCUUCUUUUGUGGAUCAUGAAUUGCUAACUGGCGAACUAGUAGAGGGAGCAUGGCGUGACAUUGUUGCUGGAGAAAAUGGAGCUAUCAUUAAUGAUUCACAGAUAGGUGCAAGAAAUGCUGCUCUUAGUGUCAUACAACAGAGAAAUGUACUGAAGGAAUUCGUGAACAGACCUGGGGCUAUGCGCCAUCAAGAUAUUAUUGUAAGGAUACGGCAAAGAAUUAUCCCCUCUCAGGAUGUACAUUUACUGUCAUGAUAGUUUUGAAAUUAAAUAAAUCGAGAUAUAAAA